GAUCGGCUUAACACGACCCAACGGAAUGGUUGGUCGUUAUCGUAUCCCAGUUGGUUUCCAUAAUCCAUUCCAUGCUCUCUAGUGGCUGACGUAACGACGAUUCGGUAUGCUGGACGAAGAACGAAAGUUCUACCAUUCGCCACUGAAAACCUCCGUGAUCACACUGCCUGGCAAUGACGUCAUUGCACCUGCACUUAUCACCCACACAUUUGACUGCCUUACCUCUGUGGAUGAAACUGUUGGGCGUCCACCAUCCGCUCCUGCAAAUUUGGCACGGUCGCCGCAAGUUCCUUUCCAUCUCCUCUCAGGAUGCAAGCAAAGACCACACAGUUCUCCCGGAUUAUUUCCUUUCAGUGACUCCAAAUCUAAAUGGCGGCGAUCACCGGCAGGUUCUCUUGAUAAAUCCAACAAUCUGUCAAUGUCAGAAAUGCAGGACAUCCGUUUAUCCACUGUAACUGCUACUGCCUAUCAUUCUACCGUAAGAAACUUGGACGAUUGGGACGCCUGCCAACUCAGCGAAUGGUUGCUUUCUUCUGAUAACACCGUAGUUUCGCAAGAACGCCCAGCUGCAGAAACGCCAUGUUCUAUCCAGAAUCCAAUUUGCCUUCUGCCUACUACACCAUCAAUCCGCUCUCCCUCGAUGUACAGAUCUUGUUUACGUGAAGAGCCUAUCACUGUUCCCGUCCCUCGAGCAGACCUGAAGCGCCCACGCUCCGCAGUUUCUUCUUACACUGAUUCUCCAUUAACCGAAGACGAGUCGCGCCCUUUUUCGGCCCCGAAACGUCUGUACAACGAUGGCUGUGACUCCGGGCCAAGUUUGUUUGCCAGCAGGACCACUCUUUCUUUCGUUACGUCUGACUCAAUCACACUUGUCAAUGAGCAGGCACCAUCCGGCGAGUCGGAUCCUCCUAAAUCCACUCUAGAGGCUUUGGUUGCAUCAAAUUCGCCUAUGUUGUUUUUUACAGCAGACUACACUGCUGCAGCUGAUCGUAUCACAUCACCAUUAUGCGAUCUGAUCGCGGCUUCCACGGAGAAGAGUCGUACUCCUCUUCUGGAUAAUUAUGACACUGUGGAAUCGAAUUUUAAUUUAGACCUGGAGUCAACCUGUACCGACGUUGAAUCGGACAUACUGAAUCUGAAUUCCGCUGCAAAUUCAAUUUCCUCCUCGAAAUCUCUCGCGUCUGUGGAUCUUGGGGAAGCAAAUGUGAUGAAGGGUUCCGACUCGCACAACACCAGCCCCACAUCCAAUCUCAGCGCGUCUUCCGAGGCGCUUUCGAACGGUUGUGUGUCUAUCACCACCCACUUGUCUGCUUUUGUCGAGGCCAUACGCAGCUAUGCAGCAGAGUUGUGUCCUGUAGAUUGUGUCAUUUUGAUGGAACGAUGUCGCCCGUUCAAUUGUGAUACCUAUUUCAUGAAAUACUUUCGCGAACAAUACCUCUGUCCCAUUCUGAGCAAUCUAAACGGUGGACCACCCUUAAAUGCAGAUUUUGGACGUGACGCGUACACGUCUUUGUAUUCAUUACAUGGAUUCUAUUGGCGUAAACCAUUUCCAUCUACCACUUGGGUCCCGGACACACCUAUCAUCUACCGCAUUUUGAAACGCAUUGCGACGCUGCAACAUGAGGAAAGGCAUGCGAGUGACCAAACUGAUCUUUUCAAAGGCACUUCGGGGUGCAGGCUUCUGGAAUCGGCCGUGCAAGCAUUUGACGCGAUCGAUAAAGCACGCCGAGGUCUCUGCAAACAAGUUCAGCGUCAUCUUCUUUUGUUGGCUGUGUCCCCGAUAAAUGUGAAUGAUCUUUAUGCAGACACUCUAAAGCCACUUGAAGAUAAUGUGUUAAAAGAGCCUCUGACGAAUCUCCGCAGACGAAGAGUUGCGUUGAGCGUAUUCUCUCCUGUACGUUCUCCCAGUUUGUUGCGACUCUACGAGUUGGUGAACGGAUCGCCACCGUCCUUGUUUUGUGACCGCAGAUGGCAAACAGUAGCCUUGUCAGUCCAGUUGCUGAAUUCUGACUCUCCCGAACGACGUAUCGUUGGACCUCUUGCGGCGGAUUCUCACGCCCAAGCUGAAGCAGAACUUGUGCUAAUGGAACAACAGCAGAAGCAUAUGCACCAACAACAGAUGCAGCAGCCGCCGCCGCCUCCACACGAAUCGCCCAACGGGCACUACGAUCCUAGGGAGCCUCGUCUAGUGAAUUCACCGAUCCCUUCAUCUCGGCCCACUGUACUUUUGCCCAGGUCAAAUUCUCUAUCUGGUGUACACACUACCGUCGCUGUCAGUGACCACCAACCAGUUGCUAGCCUCACGGUUAAUUCUGCCGGUACACCAACGGAGAGCAUGUACCGUUCUGUCGGGAGAACUACAGUACAUAACCACAACGGCACCAGUGCUUUGUCUCCAAUGAUGCAGCUUUAUCAGAAUUCCGCUGCGGAAUCAAUGGCGCCGCAAAACGCUCGGAGUUCGCGGAAUCCCGGACACAACCACGGCUCCACACCCACGGGCUAUGUGUCAAGGGUAACUGGCCAUCGUUUGGCCGUCGAUGGAAAUCGUCAGUUAGAUCAAUCUGCACAGCAUAUGACGGUGUCUGUGAAUUCCGUCUCGGCGGGACAUUCGGGCCCCAAUUCAGUGGAUCAGUUCGGCCCUGCGAGCGUGUACGGCUCCGACUCAGUGACCACUCCGCAGGGCUGUUCCGCCGGUAUUAUGUCUCCUCAACAGCCCUACUUGGCAAGCGCUUCGAUGACGCAGCUCCACUCCCCUGCCUCUGGUGGAGCUGUCGUUGGCGUUUUGCACAGCACCACCCCAGUAACACCAAACACUGUCCCAGCUGGCGCGUACCCCACCUACACACAGCAAUAUCAACAGCAAACAGGAUUUGAUGGUUCUGGUUCAUUGUCUGGCAUGCGUCCCAUACAAACUGCUCCCCUGUCUCCAAGUGCGUCCCAGAUGCCAUUCCGCCCACCGUCGUCGAAUGCUGCCGCUUCACCCGGCGGUCACUUUGCAAACUACCCAAAUUCCACAGGCCUACCAUCACCUUCUGGCCAGCGGGGCAGUGCCAGCCGGCAGUAUUCUCCGCAAUUCUCCACACAACUUCAAGGGAGUCACCAGCGCCACACAUCACCUCAUCCGGGUUUGAGUCAGUCGGUUCGCACACACCAUUCAUCUCCAAUGGACAAUCUGGGCUCCGCCGCCCAUUCACGUUCACGUUCCAUCACACCGACAAAUUUCGCUCCGGCCGCCAACUCCUUGUCCGUUUCCAAUCCCUACGCUGCGAAAGAGAACCAUCAUUCCAACACCACUGGUCCUGUUUCUUGGAACACUACUGGAGGCGGCAUGCCGUCUCAUUUUUCCGGUCCCGGGAAUCCGGCAAGUUCUGCUUACGAUCCGCAGCUAUGUCGCCCGAGUGGAGCAUUGAAUUCGUCCGGAUACGUCUCACCCGACCACACCAUGCCUGGUGGCUGUAGACCCUGUACACAUGGUUUCGGCGGAUCCAUGGCUAACGGGCCGGUUACUAUGCAUCGAGAUGUCUCCAACGUAAACUUGAAGAUGCAUGACGCUUCUGCUAGGCGCGUCGAUACUGUGCCCCCAAUGUUAGGUGUCUCUGGCCCACCUGCCAAGCGCCAGCAAUCAUCUCCGCUAGAACAGCUCUCCAUCAGCCGUUCUCUCCUUUGGGAGGGUGAGGCGCAAUUGGUCGAUUCAAACACAGCCACUCCAACUUCAUCUUUCUUUGGCUUACGCUUGCUUGUGGAACAAACCGGCGCGCGUGAUAUCAGUCAGCUGAAUAUGCAGCUUUGGGGGCACUCCACACAAUUAUCCAUCAUCCUGGUCCCCCGCGAUAGCACCCUGGUCAGUCAGCUCACAGGUCCCGUCUCCGGUGGUUAUCUCCUUGCCUGGGUCCUCGUGGAGCUACCGCAACCUGACGAGGCAUGCAGGCUAACUGCUGCGCUGUCGAAUUCUAUCAGCCCAACAGCGUUGCCUUUGGGUAUCCUUUCACCGCCUCCCAACGCUAUCCCCAAUCCUGUACCUCCUGGAACGAUCGCCUUCGUGUGCCUCAGCUACAGCCCGAAACGAAAUCGUAUUUAUGGUCUCAUUCCAUCCGACUCGGAGCAGUUCCGGAACGAUUUGCCAUCCCGUCAUUCGGUGAGACCAUUGGGAUCGGACAUCCAUGGCACCGGGAACUCAUUGCAGCGCGUCUACGCACCGUCCCCCACGACCGCCGUUUCGCGUUCCCAUGCCGUGGUUCCGCUCCAUGAAGAUCAGCUUAUGCAACGUACAGCCAUCCCUCCGAGCCUCUCUCAGCCCUCCUUCAUCCAGCAGGACCCUUUUCUAUGUUAUUCCGGAGUUCAGCGGAAUCCCAACCUUUCGAAUACGGGAAGUGAUCCAACCGGCCGGUUGCCGCCACAUUAUUCCUCCACUCCUCCCAAUCGAUCCUACACGGCUUCACAGCAGCCUAUCCAUUGUCAUUCGAAUCCCGCGAUUGCGCAAUCUCUGCCAGGCACGGCACCCCCCACAUUGAGGCACCAGCCCACGCAGCAGAUUGCUUCACUCCCCACGACACUCCGCAACACUCCGUCCCCACUGACCAGAGAUGGGCGUCAUGCUCCGAUGAUGCCUGAUGCCCAACCUCCUCCGCAGUGGAUCGCUUCCCAAGCAGAUUUCCCACUACAUUCCUCCCAACAACCGCUGCCCUCUCGUGGACUGAAGAGCGUUCACGCACAACAGCAGCAGCAGCAACUUUCCCAAUACUCCUCAAUCCCGAACUCCCAACUGAUAAACAACAACAACAAUAACGCAGGGCAGCCUUAUCCUUUCCACUCGCAAUUGCGCAUCGCCGGCGACCGCUUUGCGCCCACCGGGGUCGUCACCGGUGGUGUGGCCUCAGCUUCAUGUGUCGUCUCUCAACCAAUGAUGAUGGGUGGUGACGUGGUCGGCGGCGUUGAUCAUCGGCCCAAUGGUUCUCCUCAGCUCUGCAUCUCCUCUUCACAUUCAACGCAUGCUCGUUUUGUCAAUAACAAUGGCACCAUUUUUCAAAAUGUACCCUCAAAUAACGCACCCUCGUCAUACGGUCUGUCAGCAAUGGGCUCCCAAACAUCUUCCAAUGUGAGCUCCGGUUACAACGCGCAGGCUUGUGCUCAACGUGUUGUGUAUCCCAACCAAGUCGGUUCGCAGCAUUUGAUAUCCCCCAGCGGUUCAUUAGUUUAUCCCUCGAGUGCCGUCGAUGGUUGCUAUCAAACGCGUGGCCUACCACCUACCAGUUUAUCGGGAGCUUCUAACUACCGCUUCGGGUGUGACUCCUCGAAUGGGACAGUGAACCUGAUGACAACAACCCCGCAGCAACAACCAUCUAGAUCGAUGCAGGUCCCAAUGUCCAAACAGCAUCUGCUCGCACAACAACAGCAACAACCACAGCACACAUCCCUGGACGGGUCAGGUUUUCAAGCGCUCCCUAAUCGCAUGAUCCAUUGUGGCCUGAUGAUGUCCGGGGACAUGAUGAAUGUGGGUAACACGUCACAAUCCAAUUUUGCGUCGAAUUGCCACGAUUUCCAGCCACAGCAACCGCAGCAGCACCACCAUCACCACCACCAACAACAACAACAACAAUCAACGCACAUGACCACCACCGAUCCCUCCUUUAUGUACAGUUCUGUUCGCUUUCCACAUUCCACCUACGAUGGGACUAGGUCUAGCGAUCCUACGGGGUUCUACUAAAGCCAAACGGGGAUUCUCUCUUUUCUCGAACAGCGGCGCACGGAUACUUUUUUGCAUUAAACUGUGAUCACCUAGUGGUAUUUGCUUCGGCCAUUUGGCCAAUUUCCUUUUCCAUUAGUUUGUGUGAAGCAUCUUUUCGGAUUCCCCCGCCCCUUAUUGUUAUUGUCUUUAUUCCACUAUCUCUGAUGCUUCGGCCCAGAUGGGCCGAUAUAUACAUAAAUAAUAACUGCCCUCUUCCAAUCACGUGAAAUCAUCCUCUGACUAUCGAAUGCUACUCCAUCUGAUUAUUCCGCGUGGUUUCCUAUGUGUGUGUGUGCAUGUCUGCGUACGUGCGUAUGCGUCGUUUCCAUUUUUUCUCAUUCCUGUAAAUAAUUCAGCCUUUUCUACUCUGUUUCCCUAGGGUGAUGGUGGUGGUGGCGAGGGUGAUGAUGAUGUUGAUUUAUCUACUAAACACAUGAGUCGUCUUUCUCUUUUGCAUUAUGUGUAUCAUCGCCGCUUGGUGUGUGUGUGUGUGUGUCCCUAUUUCGUGUUCGGUUGUUAUUUUUUCUUCACUCGUGUAAAUUGUCAACUCUAUUCAAGAUAGGUAAACAUGUUUUCCAAAGUGAACCAACCUUGCUUGUUCUCUUGUUCGCAUCUGUCUCACACAUUUCCGAUGGGAGUUUCCCGAUCCUGUUGUGGCAUCUAAAAUCACGUUAAACGCGCCGAUUCUUAUUGGCAUUGCCGACCAUCCUAUCCGCCUUG